UGAGACCGGCGGGUUAAAAUUUGUAUUUCUCUGUUGCUAUUGAGUCUCUGCUGUGAUUUUAAACUCAUCGACACCUCCCCUUCCGCUGGCACCGCCGAAGACAACCCAAGAUUGAACAUCUCUAGGACGCGGGGUCCUGCGUUUCCAUGACGACGCGCAGGCGUCCUGCGAGAUGGCUUUAGUAAAAGGAUGAAUGGGGUCGCCCUGCCAAAUCCUAGCAGGUCGAUGGUGAGAUGCUAGGUUAACUUUUCAGAAGGAGUUUUCGAAUUACGACAGUGUGUGAUCUGGGGCAUCGACGGUUAUGUCUCUCCCGAAAAACUCUCUGAGCUCCAUCUCAGUAGCCGAGGGCAAAAAACUGAAAGUCUCUGUAACCAAGGAAGAGACAGGACUUCCUGAACUAAAGGAGAAAAAAUGUAUGGUGGAUUGGUCAAAACCCCUACCUACUUCCCUUCAAAAUGAGUUUAUCCCUGAGGAAGUCCUUCUUUCUUUGAACGCUGCAGCCAAUGCUGGUCCUUGUCCUGAAAACUUACUGCCUCCUAAAAAAACAAAAACCCCAAAGGGCACUCUACCUCGCACUGUUGACAAUGUCUGGCAUCACCCUACUCGAAGGAAUAAGUUCAGAUACCUGAUUGACCAUCCUGUUUCCCUGGAAAAGGCUGGGAGGGAUAUUUCUUUCCUAUAUGAUAUUAAAUAUGUUAAAGGAGAGACAAGAGAGAAUGCAGUUUGUCCCCCACGUCCAGAUCAUCCAUCACAAUCACACAAUGGCGUUAUUGUGCCCCACAAACCAAAGAGACUAGGAGAUACUUUGAUUCCUGAAGAGUUUCAUAUUGUGUCCAAUACAGGAGUUACAGGUUUGGAGUGUUACGAUGACAAAUAUACUACUCUCCUCACAGAUAGUGAAAACAGGUUAUUGCUCUUCCCAUCCAUGAAACCUAAUAAGAGAGUGGAAGUGGUCCAGCUGAAUGAUGUGAUGGAUACAAUGCUAGAGAGGGCUGGUGUAGAGAUUCAGGAGUAUGCAGGACCAACCAAGAUUCACAAAUUACUAUAUUUAUUGAAGAAAGAACAGAACAUUUACAAUACAGUAUUUCAUGAACUUAUUCGACAAGUCAGUGUGGACUGUGCAGAUAGAGGAGAACUAUUGUCCAAAAUCAGACAGCGGUAUGUACAAAUGCUUGAUCAAAUUGUACGACAGAUGAUUGAUUUCUACAAAGACUUGGUAACUCAACGAGUGAUGGAUCAGCGUAUCUUAGAAGAAUUGUAUAAUUUCAAAAAUGUCAUCGAGGAGUUGACUAGAGAACUAUGUCUGGUUCGGGCACAUGAUAUAACAUUAACAAAGGAAGUAGAGAAGGCCCAUGGGGAUUUGGCACAAGCCCUUUUGGAUGCGGAAAAGAAUUCCAGAAUUGUAGAAGAGUACCAUGAAUUAUAUACAUUGCAAAGAGGAAGGAUGGAAACUGAUAUUAAACAGCUAAUGGCUGAAAGAGAUAUAUGGAGCUCAGCCACAUAUGAAUUGGCUCUAAAGGUAAUUGAAAAAAAUAGAAUCAUACUGGCUAAAAAACUUUACCUCAAUGAAAAAGGCUGGAAUAAAUAUACCAAGCAUUUCAUCAUAUUGCUAUCAACCAAGGACACAGCAGACCUUGCAUUGUUGCAGAAGAUAACACAGAAAUGGAGAAACAUGAUGACUAAAUUUAAACAGGAAAUAGACCAAACUGAAAAGUCUACUAAGGAAACACUGCAGUUUAUUAAGGAAGGUGUUAUCAAGUGGCAGCAAUUCUUCAAAUACUAUGAAAAAGACAAUAAGGAAAAUGGAGUCGAAUUUAUUAUUUCUGACUUCAAAAAAUGGCAAAAGAUGCUGAAUGAAGAAAAAGAAAAUUAUACCGGGGAUUUAUUAGUGUCAAAAUAUGAUACUCUCAAGAUUAGCAAACACUUACAGGAGAACUGGGUAGAUAUUGGGUUUGGAAUAUUUGGUCGCCACAGAAGUAUGGAGGGGGUCAUGCCACCAGAGCACGAGAAAAUGGGAGAAAUUGUGACAAACAUAGGAAGACUUUAUAAUGAAUUUGAAGAAAGAAUAAAUGGGGAUAAUGGCCUCUCUAAAAUACUUCCAAAUUUGAUUUGUUCUCUUGACUACUGUUCUUUCAAGUUGGAAGGCAUCACAGAGUUGAGUGAACUGAGUGAUGAAGAAUGGAAGAAAAUUACUGUAAAAAUUAAUGAGAUAAAAUCUCAGCUGGAAGUAUUGUUAAAUUCUGUUGGUACUGUUCCUCAGGACAUGGACAUGGAAUGUGGCUCGACACUCCAGACACAUAUAUUUAGCAUGAUUCAACAGUGGCUUUUGAAUAUAGGCAAUGAGAUUAGCAAUGGUAACCUUGAACUUCAACGCCAAGUGGAUGGACUACAUAUAGCUAUGAUCCAGUGGAUGGUAAAUUUGCUGCUUAUAAUGGUUCCUGACUUUAUUGACCAAGAUACUCUCUCCACAUCAAAUGGUGAAAGUGUUGAGGCAAAUUCCAUCAAAGUUGCAGAGUUAGAGCUAGAUGCCAUUACACUGGCAAGAAAGCUGUAUCAAUACACCAGCUAUUUGAACAGUUGUUGUAAAGGGUUGAUGACAGCUGUGGCUCUGGGCAAAGCAAGACACUCUCAAAACAGUUCUGCUACUGGUUUGCAAGAGCUGGUGGCAUUGAAGAAAGAAAGUUAUGAAUGGAUCAACACAUGUUCUCACCUCCUCUCUGGAAUUAAAGGCAGAAAGAUAAAAUUAUUGACGCCUGAAGAAAAAGAUAAUCUGUUUGCAGAUGAGGAUAUUUUAAAAGAGUUAAUGGAAUCUGAAAUACACAAAACUACUGCAGAGGAUGAAAAAGAAAUGAAGGAUGGGGACAAAGUUGACAAAAAGGAAACAGAGGAAAAGCCUCUCAUGUCAACAAAAGAAAAAGUUAUUCGGUUCAUUGGAGAAGAUGAAAAUAUUCAUUCCAGACCUCUCUUUGGACCAGAUAUGUUUUCUUCCUGGAGAGAAUCAGCUGAGCAAGGUGUAUUGGCCCAAAAGUAUCUUGAAGCAAUGCUUAUAAUUGAACACACACAGGAGAAGUUAAUACAGGUCGAAAGCAGAGCCAGAGAAGCAGAGGAGAAAUUUGAGGAUAUCAAUGAGAGGCUUCAUCAUACCCUUAUAAAAAAUAAAGAUCUGGAGAAAGAAAUAGAGGCAUUGAAGUUUAUUGAGAAGGAGGCUGAAGGAGGGAAAGAGGAAGAGUAUGACGCAGAAAGAGAAGAAGAAAAACAAGAGGAAGAAGAGGUCAAACCACAAACAAGCUUAACACCUACAAAUAAAGAACAACAGCGCAAGGAAGAUACUAUUCCCAACACUAAAUCCAGAACCAAGACUAAAUCCAAUCACAAGAUGAAACCCAAAUAGCACCCAUAGCAUGGCUGCACCUUACAUAGCUCCCCACAGUGAUCCUACCCCUCAUAGGUCCCUAUAGAGCUAGCAGUGUGGCUCACUGGAGACACCCCCUUUGCAACAAGGACUUAUUUCCCCUUAAAAAUCACAGUGAUGACAUGGAGAUUAGUGCAUUAGUUUAUUUCCCAGAUUAAAAACAGCUUAUGCAAAA